GCCGCGUUCUAUCCCUAGUGUAGCCACGUUCGGUUGAGCCGGGGGCAGCCGCGGUGGCGGCAGCGGUAGGAGCAGCUGGGAAAGAAGCAGGAGCCGAGGACAGGGGCAGGGCGAUGGGGUCGCGGCCGGGGCUUUGACAGCUGCAACCAGGACGAGCGGUGCACCGACAGCGGAAGCCGAGCCAGCUCCAGCGGAGGAAAGGCGCGAGGUUUGGGAGACGGGAAAGCAUCGGAGAAUUUCAGGCAGCGGCAGCAGCUUUAGUUUCGCCUCUUUCUUACUGCGGACCAUGUUCGCGAAAGGCAAAGGCUCGGCGGUGCCCUCGGAUGGGCAGGCUCGGGAAAAGUUAGCUUUGUAUGUCUAUGAAUACUUGCUGCACGUAGGAGCACAGAAAUCAGCACAGACGUUUUUAUCAGAGAUCCGAUGGGAAAAAAACAUCACACUAGGAGAGCCUCCUGGGUUUUUACAUUCAUGGUGGUGUGUAUUUUGGGACCUUUACUGUGCAGCUCCUGAAAGGCGAGAUACUUGUGAACACUCAAGUGAAGCAAAAGCCUUUCAUGAUUACAGUGCAGCUGCAGCGCCAAGUCCAGUACUUGGAAACAUUCCUCCAAAUGAUGGAAUGCCAGGAGGACCCAUUCCUCCUGGUUUCUUUCAGGGACCGCCUGGCUCUCAGCCCUCGCCACACGCACAGCCUCCACCUCACAAUCCCAACAGCAUGAUGGGACCCCACAGUCAGCCUUUUAUGUCACCAAGAUACGCAGGAGGCCCACGGCCCCCCAUUAGAAUGGGAAACCAGCCUCCAGGAGGUGUUCCUGGUACACAGCCAUUGCUGCCCAACUCCAUGGACCCUACACGACAACAAGGGCAUCCCAACAUGGGUGGGCCAAUGCAAAGGAUGAAUCCUCCUCGAGGCAUGGGACCUAUGGGCCCAGGUCCACAGACUGAUCCUUGGUUAUCAUUGCAGAACUAUGGCGGCGGAAUGAGACCUCCACCCAACUCUCUAGGGCCUGGCAUGCCUGGGAUUAACAUGGGUCCAGGAGCUGGUAGACCAUGGCCCAACCCCAACAGCGCUAACUCAAUUCCAUAUUCUUCUUCAUCACCUGGUACAUAUGUGGGGCCCCCUGGUGGCGGAGGUCCUCCUGGAACACCCAUCAUGCCUAGCCCUGCAGAUUCGACAAAUUCAAGUGACAACAUCUACACAAUGAUUAAUCCUGUACCGCCUGGAGGCAGUCGGUCGAAUUUCCCAAUGGGGCCUGGAUCAGAUGGCCCAAUGGGAGGCAUGGGUGGGAUGGAGCCCCAUCACAUGAAUGGCUCAUUAGGGUCAGGAGACAUUGAUGGACUUCCAAAAAAUUCUCCAAACAACAUAAGUGGCAUUAGCAAUCCUCCGGGCACUCCACGAGAUGAUGGUGAACUGGGAGGCAACUUCCUCCAUUCCUUCCAAAAUGACAACUAUUCUCCCAGCAUGACAAUGAGUGUGUGAUUUCCCUCUUCCCUCACCCCACAUCCUCUUCUCCAGGAUAAAGAAAAAGUCGGCUGCCCUUUGGAGGAUCUCAAGAAAUUAUGCAAGAAGAGAAGCUAGGUGUGUUUGGCAGGGAGACAUUCAGAGCCGGGGAUCCAGCCCUAAUUUUUAGUUUCAUGCAAUAAAAAGGCUGAACUUUUUAUUCCAUAAAACAAUGAAGGACAAAUCUUUAAAAUAUUUCAAGACAUGACAAGAUCCUUCUUCUGCAGAAGGAUUUAUUAUAUGUAUAUGACACUUAUUUUGUUGUUCAUUUUUUGGAAACAAACGGAAGCCUCUAGCACCCAAUUCCAGCCUCCUUUGCUUGAUUAUUCUUUUAAACCUCUUGUAUGUUUGUGCUGUGCUACGCAAGGAAGCUAGUCUAGAUAUGAAAUCUCAUGUUGUCUCUGUAGCCAUUAAAAAAUAAUAAUAAAACUGGACAGUUUUUUAUAAAUUGGUGGGUUUUGUUCAGAAGACCUUUCCCCCUACUUCCCCUCCCCUUGGUGUCUUGCAGCACAACACUUCCUUCAGCAAGAAGAUCUGAGUGGAAAAGAUUUCCCCUGCCUCAGUUGUAAUGCAGCUGGCUCCCUUGUAGGAUCACAUCCUCCAAAAGUUUAAUUGUGAUCUUGGGUAUAUCUGUGACUGUGGCAUGCACUGUUUUAGCCCCCUUGCUUGUCUUUCUCCCAGAAAUACUGUUAUGAAUUGCCCUUUUGCAGAACUUGGAAAAUGUCAGAAUUCCUGGGGGGGGGCGGUAUUGAGGGUUAGGUUACUUGGGAUUUUUUUUAAGUUGGGAUGGUGUCGGUCUACCAGAAAUAAAAAGAAAAGGCAUUAAAAACUUGACCUAGGACUCAAAAACUGUGAGUGCAAACUUCUUAACAUCUGCUUUGUUUUCAUUUUUGUUUUGGGUUUGGGUUUUCUAAUGAAAUGAUGUGAUCUUACUAGGGUUUCACUGUAUAUGCUCUGGAACUGGAUGGAGAUAUUUUUAAGUAAUUAUUGUUGUUAAACUGUAUACUUGCUAUUCUGUAGGCUCUCUCUCCCUCCCUCCUCCUCACUCUGUAAUUAAAAACAGAAUUAAAAAAAAAAAUUAAAUCUUACCUUCUCGUGGUAGAGGUGACUACAGAAAAGCAUAUCAUGUAUAGUGAAACUCGCAAGUCUUGAGAUCUCUGUACAUUACACUCCCUUGUAGCUGGUCUUUGUUUUAUAUAAAAGAAAAAAAAAACCUUCACUUCUGAUCUAUGUAUUUCAUAUUAUGUAAAAUAUUAUCUUCCCCUGGAUUUACCUACCUUUGUGCGGAUUCUUGAGAACAUUGUAUCUUGUUUCAGUGUUUUUUCUUACCUUGUAGUCUGGUUCUAAAAUUAAGCGAGGGAAAAGAAAAGUAAUUAUUAUACAUUGUAGUUUGUGUACGAUAUUUGUUGAUAAUGUUUUAUUAAAGGGAUGUCGUUUUUCCGCACCCCUUAAUGACAUUUUUUUUUUUUUACUUUUGCUUUUGUUUGGGGUUUUUUUUUUUUUUUGGUUUCUUUUUCUGUUUCUGUUCUGUUUUGUUUUGUUUUGGAAAACAUUGGCUUGUUUUUAUUCUAACUCUUGAAAAACAACUACUUGAAACCAUGUAAUUUUUAAGAAGACAAUGGUUUUUUAAAAAAGAAAUGCUUGCCCUUUUCUUAGGCAUUUUAAUUAUGUUUUUUCUGUAGAAAGAUGAUGGGGAUCGGGGUGGGCAAAUGAACAUUCUCACAGUUACAGUCAGGAUUAUAUUUAAAGAAAAAAAAAAUAAACCUUCAAAUGAAGAUUUGUCCCAUUCCUAAUGCAACAAUUUUUUUAAAGAGAUAACUGGCAAGUUUCAUUGUAUUAAAGUGAUGGCUAAAUUAUUGUCUUCGUUGAUUUGGGAUGGUUUUUAAAAGAUGAGUCAAGAUCUUUUCUCUUUUCCCCCAUGCUGUAAUAAAUAUAAACAGUUGAUUCCA